AUGUGCUGCUUGAGAGCGAUUCCAGCCCUGCUCUUGGUCAUAGCAGUAGCGGUCGCGGAGCCCGUGCAAUAUUGUCGCUUUGGUCACGAUGUUCAAAGUCAGAAUGCGGAAGUCGACUUCUGUCUCGGGCUCACGAUGCACCAGAAUGCUUCAUCGCAGAAUUAUGAUAUGUACAUGGCCAUGACGGUGACUCGGAGCUCUGCCCUGGGAUGGACGGCAGUGGGCACCGGAUCUGUCAUGGCAGGCUCGUUGAUGUUUAUCAUCUACGGCGAUCCAUAUGCCAACGAACCCCCGAUCGUCAGCGUCCGAACCGUCGAUGGCCAUCACCAACCGCGACUUGUUUCCCAGGCCGAUAUGGGAGCGGCGGACCUUCGUCUCCUACAGGCUGACUGGAUGCCUGCUUCCAAGGACGACCAGGCAUCAUCAACUCCGGUCGUGGUAGCCAAGGUGGCCUUGGUCUGCUAUUCAUGCGAAAAAUGGCCCGGCACGCCUAUCUCCGCGACUGCAGCUUCUCAGCCGUGGAUCUGGGCAUGGAACGAGAACCAGGAGUUCUCCGUGUAUUCCUAUGACACUCACCUGGAUAUGCAUCGGCACCACGCUGGGAAUGGUGGCUGGGGUCAUUUCUACGUGGAUAUGGCUCGGUCCAUCGCCAAGUCGCGUAAUCCGCCCUCAUUACCGAUCAUUCGAGCCCACGUCUCCGCUUUGGGCGCAUCCGAUAGUCCUGCAGUGACAGACCUCGUGGGCUGGUUCAACGCCGGUGGGAUGGGUCUACUGCAUGGCGUCCUGUUGGCGACUGCAUAUCUCAUCCUCUUACCCGUUGGAGUGGUGGCCAUGCGGUCCGGCUCAACAAAGGCGUUCAAAUAUCACUGGAUCGUACAAAUUAUCGGCGCCAUCUUUAUUUGGAUCGGGGUGGCGCUGGGAAUCGUGCACAGCCAUGGGCUGGACACAGUCCACCAGUGGCUAGGUAUCACGGUCGCCGUCGGAACUGUGAUCCAGAGUCUGCUGGGUUGGCGCCACCAUGUGGUCUUUGUGAAGACCAAACGCCGACAAUGGGCAUCCCAUGCGCACAUCUGGCUGGGCCGGAUAAUACUCAUCUGCGGCUGGGGGAACAUCAUCUCUGGAAUGGUCUUGUCGGGACAUGGUUCUGGGCAGAUCGCCUUUGUAUCAACAUUCAUUGCAGUCGAUGCUGUCGCCUUGAUCGGGUGGGUUUGGGUGAUGAAGCGUCGCAAGAGGCGCGAGACCCAGCACAUGGAGCAAGUGACCCCGUAUCCACCAUGGAAGGCACAAGGAAACGAAUAUUUUGCUCUAACGACUAGCAACGAUGAUGACGAUGAUGAACGCUCGAGUCAGGAUAUCUCAGAGUCUUCAACGCUUGCUAAUCACAAGGAUCCCGAAUGA